GAAUGUAUCAACAUGGGUUGGAUUUGUUUAAAUAAUAUAGCCAAAAUUUAGAACUAAAAUUUUAUUCAGUUAAGAAGUAAGCGAUUUUUGAGCUUUGAUAUCAUAACAACCAAAUUGAAAUCUCAACAAAAAAUAAUCUUUAACUAAAUAACAAACUAUUUCUGAAGCUUCACUAUAAAUGGAGAACUCUUUCUGUGUCUAUACAGUAAACACAGCCAAAAUGGCGAGCUCACCAAUCAUGAUGAUUUCAGUUCUUUCUCUGUUCUUCAUUUUCACAGCCAAUGCGAGAGUUUUCCCAAGAAGAAGUCUCCUUGAUGAUCCUCCUGCCGUUAACAACUUCACUUUUGUUUGUGAUCCCUCUAGAUAUGACAAACUUGGCUUAGACUUUUCUUCAUUUGGCUUCUGCGAUUCAUCUCUCUCUUUCCCUGAGAGAGCUAAGGAUCUUAUAGAUAGAAUGACAUUGUCUGAGAAAGCUGCUCAGCUUGGACAUGUAGCUUCUGGAGUAGACCGCCUUGGCUUGCCACCAUACAAUUGGUGGAGUGAGGCUCUCCAUGGCGUCUCUAACGUCGGUCCCGGUACCCAAUUUGACAAAGUUGUGCCAGGUGCUACAAGCUUCCCCAAUGUCAUUACCACUGCAUCUUCUUUCAAUGAAGAUCUUUGGAAAACAAUUGGGCAGGCAGUUUCAACGGAAGCAAGAGCAAUGUACAACCUAGGGAGAGCUGGAUUGACAUACUGGAGUCCAACCAUCAAUGUGAUUCGAGACCCAAGAUGGGGACGAACUGUUGAAACCCCCGGCGAGGACCCUUUUGUCGUUGGCAAAUAUGCUAAGAAUUACGUUAGAGGUCUCCAAGAUGUGGAAGGAUCUGAGAAUGUUACAGAUUUGAACUCUAGGCCUCUAAAAGUAUCUUCGUGUUGCAAGCACUAUGCUGCUUAUGAUGUUGACAAUUGGCUCGGUGUUGAACGUUACAGUUUUGAUGCUAGGGUGACUGAACAAGAUAUGUUGGAGACAUUCAAUAAGCCAUUCGAGAUGUGUGUUAAGGAGGGAGAUGUUAGCAGCGUAAUGUGCUCUUACAACAGAGUUAAUGGCAUUCCAACUUGUGCUGAUCCAGUUCUCUUGAAGGACACCAUUAGAGGCAAUUGGGGUCUUCAUGGAUACAUUGUUUCAGACUGUGACUCAGUUAAAGUUAUGGUAGAAGAUGCACAUUAUCUACAAGACACAAAUGAAGAUGCCGUUGCUCAAACUCUCAAAGCAGGGUUGGAUUUGGAUUGUGGUCAAAUUUACCCAAAUUACACAGAAUCCACAGUAAGGCAAGGGAAAGUUGGGAUGAGAAACAUUGACAAUGCUCUAAACAAUCUCUACGUUGUUCUAAUGAGACUUGGGUACUUUGAUGGAAACACUGGUUUCGAAUCACUUGGAAAACCAGAUAUUUGCUCUGAUGAACACAUUGAAUUGGCCACUGAAGCUGCUAGACAAGGAACUGUUUUACUCAAGAACGAUAAUGACACUUUGCCUUUUGAUCCUUCUAAUUAUAAAACCCUAGCUGUUGUUGGGCCCCAUGCCAAUGCCACUUCUGCCAUGCUUGGCAACUAUGCAGGAGUGCCAUGCAGAAUGAAUUCCCCAAUGGAUGGGCUAUCAGAAUAUGCAAAAGUGAAAUACCAAAUGGGGUGUGAUAGUGUUGCUUGCAAAAACGAUACCUUCAUAUUUGGAGCCAUGGAGGCAGCCAGGACCUCUGAUGCAACUGUGAUUUUUGUUGGUAUUGAUUUGUCCAUUGAAGCAGAGAGCUUGGACAGAGUUGAUCUUCUUCUUCCUGGAUACCAAACUCAACUCGUUCAACAAGUUGCAACUGUCUCUAAGGGCCCAGUUGUUCUUGUCAUUUUGUCCGCCGGCGGUAUUGACGUAUCUUUUGCUAAGAACAACUCCAACAUCAAAGCCAUUAUCUGGGCUGGAUAUCCAGGCGAGGAGGGCGGUCGUGCCAUUGCCGACGUCAUAUUCGGAAAAUUCAACCCAGGAGGAAGAUUACCAUUGACAUGGUAUGAAAACGACUACGUGUACCAGCUUCCAAUGACAUCAAUGCCGCUCCGGCCAGUGAAAAGCCUUGGAUAUCCAGGAAGAACUUACAAAUUCUACGACGGUCCCGUCGUCUAUCCAUUCGGCCACGGCCUCAGCUACACCUUUUUCCUCCAUAACCUAACUUCCGCCAAACGGUCCAUCGCCAUCGAUCUCAGCAACAGGACUCAAUGCCGCGACAUCGCCUACACCAACGGUACCUUCAAGCCCGAAUGCCCCGCCGUCCUAGUGGACGACCUGACUUGCACCGAGGAGAUCGAAUUCCAAAUGGAAGUUGAGAACACCGGCGAGAGAGACGGCAGCCAGGUGCUGCUAGUGUACUCGGUUCCGCCAGGUGGAAUUUCUUCGACACAUAUAAAGCAGGUGGUUGGAUUCCAGAGGGUGUUUCUGAAAGCCGGGGAUAGCGAAACGGUGACGUUUAAGUUGAAUGCUUGUAAAAGCUUGGGGCUUGUUGAUUUUACAGGGUACAAUCUGCUGCCGGCGGGUGGGCACACCAUUGUGGUCGGAGAUGGAGAAGUAUCUUUCCCAGUGGAGCUUAGCUUUAAUUAGAAUUAGGGUUAGGUUAUUUGGUAUCUGGGAGUUUAGGGUUUCUGCAUAGAGGGUAGGUCAGGUUUUUUGGUAUGGACGUAGAGAUGAGAAGAAGACGGUUAGAUCUGACGAGUUUGUAACCUUGUGAUGUACCCACCAUUUUCUUUUCUUUUCAGUGAUUGAUGAUGUUAAAUAAAAUAUUGUUCUGAUAGAAUUUUUUUA